AACAGCUGUUCAUUCUGCAUGAGAAGAAGAAGAAGAAGAAGAAGCAGUGCGUACACCUGGUGUUCUAUCAUCACUAUACCACUACUUGAACUUCAUCUUUGCAUGUCCACCAUCCCGCGGUAGAAACGAGAAGAUGCGCUUGGCCGUGUUCCAUCUCAUGAUGAUGAUGAUGAUGACUCCACUGGCGGCGACGCUUCCUAUACCCAUACCCAUAAGCAUACCACAAGGCCGUCGCGAUAGAGUGGAAGUGGAAAUAGUCGAGUCUGAUUUGGCGCGUUCCUGGACGAGGUUCGCCGUGUCGCCAGGUUACAGGGAUCAGCACCUUUUGCUGACGACGUCUCCCUUGCUCUUCGACCUCAAUGUGCACCGGGUCACCGACCUGCUGACCUCGAAUCUCACCAUCAAUGACCAACUGCUGCACGUGCAAUGGGACCCUGUCGUCGCUGAUCGCGCCCUCUACGCCACUCUCUCCUCGCCUUCCUCCCACCUGCUCACCAUCGCGGACGAGCGUGGUCUCUCGCACGCCGUGGACAUCUCCAUCUCCGGCUACAUUCUCGUGGACGGCAGCCAACAGUCAUUUCGGAAACCCGACCAUCUCCAGCAUCUGAGUCUCCUCGUUCGUUCCGUGGACGCCUCUGCUGUCCACCACUUGCAACUCGACAUUGUCGCUCAAUCGACCGCCUCAGACACUCGCUUGAGGAAGCUCUCUCGCGUCAGUGACAUGUACCCCGCCGGGUCAGCCGCCCGCAAAGUCGAACUGCUGUCAGCCAAUUCCAUCCCCGACGCCAAUCCCUUCGCUGAUCAGCGGAAUGGAGUCGACCUGGGAGACGGAGGCGAGCUCGAUGUGGAGCUGGAAAUCGAGUCUCUGCUCCAUCUAGAGGCGCAAGCGCGCCAGUUGUCGACGCAGAUCGCCGCCAAGAGACUGGGCAUAUCGAAGCACCUCCGAGACCAUCGUGAACAUGUCUCACUGGGGCAUAUGUUACGCCAGUGUGAGGGCGUCCUCUGCGCAGCAAAGGUCAUCGCCCAACGCGUAUGUGACAAAAUGGGCGUCGAGACGGAACCCACUUUCACCUACGUGCAAACACCCGACUCCAGUACCCAACAACUGAUCCCCAUCGACAGCGAGGACAAGCAGGAUGACGUGCAACAUGCACCACACACCGCAGCAGCAGCAGCAGCAGCAUCAGUACCUUCUUCCUCCCGCCUGUCGCGCAACUCUCUCGCUGGAAAUGGCCACUUCACGCUGCGCACCAGUGGUGCAGCCAUCCGACAGUCCAUGGAAAUCGUGUAUCCGCAGAGCAUGCUCUACCGUGUGCUCGGCGUGCUGUUCAGUGCCUUUGGGCUGACCGCGCUCUGCGGCUUCAUCCGACGGAAAUGCAUGUCGGCCCGCAGAAUGGUCGACGAGUUGGCCGAGCGCGAGGAGAGACGAAAUGCCAGAGCGUAUCGUCGUGCUGCUCGUCGAGCCGAUAUGCGCAAGCGAUGGGACGAUUUCCUGCGGAGCGUGUCGUGUUUUAGCAUGCGCGGAGAGGACCCUCAGGUGGGAAGCUAUGAGGAGAAGCGGGCACUGAUCCUGCAAGAUGCAUUCCUGGAGCAGGGAGUCGAAGCUGCGGAACAGGGCGAGGUGAUGGAAGCGCAGAUUCGCGAGUUGAGGAAUGCACAUGAGAUUGUAUCCAGUCUCGUACGAGUGGACGAGUACCGGUAUGACUUGGCUCCGCUGGUGAUGAACAAUCCGUUGCCGCCGUCGCCGAUGCCACUGGUUCCUCUUCCCCGAAGAUCUCGGUCCAGCACUGCGACCCUCCCGUCGUACACAUCUGAGCUUCUGCCGGAUUAUCAAUCUCGCAUCUCCACCGUCUCCACUACCAUUGCGAGCAGCAGGACUAGCAGCAUCGACGACUCCUCAGAUUAUACUCCCACGACUUCCAGUGCAGCCGAAGGGGAAGAAGACGCUUCCGCCACUGCCGACACCGACAGCACUCCACGACCCUUCAGUAUUGAAGUAAGCACCGGCACAAGAGGAUCACAGCUCACAGAUAUCAGCUCGGUGAUUGAAAUAUCCCCCCGUACGAGCGAGGAGACUCUUCGUACCUUUCAGCGCUCAUCCAUGGGCUCUCAAGACACAGACCUAUAA